AUGUCCCUCAGUUUCCAUCAACAAUUGUUUCAGCUGCGAAAACCAAGCAUUAAAGCGCGCACACAGUUGCUUUUACACGCCUAGAAGCUCUUGAAUCUUUAGCGAUUUUCUUCAGUAUGGACAAGGGUCACAAGGCUUCUCGCACUAUAGAAAUCACUAUCUUAUCAGCAGAAAACCUAAGCCUCGAUCGCAAAUCCGUGAAGAAGAAUGCAUACGUUAUUGCUAGAAUCGACCCUAUUAACUAUGGAUCAACUAAAGCUGAUUUUGAAGGAGGCUGUAACCCUUCAUGGAACGAGAAGCUUACCCUAGACAUGCCAUUUCAGACUCGUUUUAUAACCCUUGAAGUGAAAUGCAAGACUAGCUCAGGUGACAGAGUUGUUGGCACAGCAAGCCUUCCAAUUUCUGACAUAUCGGGUGAUUAUACACCGGAGAGUCACUUACAUUUCUUGAGUUACCGGUUAAGGGAUUCCAGAGGUGAGAAGAAUGGUAUUAUUAAUGUCUCGGCAAGAGUUAAGGUGCAGGUAGAGUCCAUGAGUCCGGCAGUGACAAAGAAUCCGAUGAGGAAUGGGUGCUCAUCGUCGUGGCAGCAGCCUACGCUGGGGGUGCCUGCUGGUCACCAGAAGAGAUAUUACGGUGGAGUUGUGACUGGGGUUCCUGUUUGGAGUUAAUUUUAAUUUUCUAGUGGUUUUUAGAGGCUUUUUGUUUUAUUGAAUUUGGAGCGUUGUUAAUUAUUUGACUGAUCGAUCCCAAUUUAAUCAUUAAUGCUAUAAUUUUAUUGAAUUGAGCAUAAAA